CUUAGUUCCCUUCAGAGGUUAAAAAUACACGCCUCUUUUUUUCUCUCUCUUGACAUCAGGCUAUUUCUUCUAAACCCAAAACAAAAUUCAUCCUUCACACGUCGGAUCAAGCAGCCGCCGAAUGUUUUUCUGGAAUGGCGACACUAAAAGAGAUCUUGACGCGCCGCCCUAUCUCAGCCACGAUCCGUCUCACCGUCGAUGCGGGUGCAGCUAAGCCCGGACCACCAGUAGGCCCAGCCCUGGGUCAAUACAAGCUCAACUCCAUGGCUUUCUGCAAGGACUUCAACGCGCGGACCCAGAAGUUCAAGCCCGGUACACCUAUGGCCGUCACCAUAUCGGCGUUCAAGGACGGGACUUUCGAGUUCACCGUUAAGUCUCCGUCUGUUACUUGGUACCUAAAGCAGGCGGCUGGAAUUGAGCUGGGAAGUGGCCGCCCUGGUCACGUAACGGCGUCAACUAUAACCCUAAAGCACGUUUAUGAAAUUGCUAAAAUCAAACAGAGUGAUCCGUUUUGCCAGUACAUGCCUUUGGAGUCGAUUUGUAAGUCUAUUAUUGGGACGGCAAAUUCUAUGGGGAUUAAAGUUCAGAAAGAGCUGGAUUAAAUGAAAUAAUUGAACUGUCUUUUUGCGAUUACUGUAGUUUUUGUAUUAAGAUUUGGAAAUGAAGAGUAGUAAAGUUGGUUGCAGUAAUGAUUUGCUGUUUAAGGAAGCAUGGGUGUUUUCUUAGCAAUAAAGAUAGCUUUUUUGAAGUCCAUUAGAGUUGUUUGAGCAAGCUUAAUGCUUUUUCAUCAUACCAUUAUUGUGAAUCGAGAAGAAUGGGCUAACUUAUGUCGA